UCCAAACAAAAAUUUCACCUCGAUUUCCUACGCUUUCUCACCUCCCAAACGCCUCUCAUUCUCUUCUUCUUUCCUUCAUGUACCCUUCCACAUCCAGCUCCGUUACGGAGACCAUCAACGGCUCCCACAGGUUCACAAUUCGUGGAUAUUCCCUGGCCAAGGGUAUUGGAGUCGGAAAAUACAUCGCCAGUAACAUCUUCACCGUCGCCGGCCACCAGUGGGCUAUAUACUUCUUCCCCGACGGCAAGAAUCGGGAGGAUAAUUCCGCUUAUGUCUCCGUUUUCAUCGCGCUGGCCAGUGAGGGCGCCGAUGUCCGGGCCUUGUUCGAGCUCACACUGGUGGACCAGAGUGGUAAAGGCAAACAUAAGGUGCAUAGCCACUUCGAUCUAUCUCUUGAGAGCGGUCCCCCGACCUUGAAGUACCGAGGCAGCAUGUGGGGUUUCAAACGAUUUUUCAGACGAGGAUCGCUUGAAACAUCAGAUUUUCUCAAGGACGAUUGCCUGGAAAUUGACUGCACUGUUGGUGUUGUAGUGUCAGGAAUAGAUCGCACAAGAUUGCAUUCUGUGCAGGUCCCUGAGUCUGAUAUUGGAACUCAAUUUGGUAUGUUACUGGAGGAUGAGGUUUACUCUGAUGUUACCUUUAUUGUGUCUGGUGAAAAGUUUCAUGCGCACAAGUUGGUCUUGGCUGCUCGUUCUCCUGUAUUUGAAACUGAACUUUUCAACACAACGGAGGAAAAUAAUCAUGAGAUUGUUGUUACGGAUAUGGAACCUAAGGUUUUUAAGGCUUUGCUACACUUCAUUUACAGAGAUACUCUGGUUGAAGAUAAGGAGCUGUUGGAAUCAAGUUCAUCUUUCAUGUCAUCUGUAUUUGACACAUUAGCUGCAAAGCUGUUAGCAUCGGCUGAAAAAUAUGGUUUGCCUAGACUCAAAAUAAUCUGUGCAUCUGCACUCUGCAAGGAUGUAUCUGUUGAAUCUGUUCCCCAUAUUCUGGCACUGGCUGAUCGUUACCAUGCAACAGACCUGAAAUCUGUUUGCCUAAAAUUCGCUGCUGAAAACCUUGUAGCUGUUAUGCGCUCUGAUGGGUACAAGUAUCUCAAAGAGAACGGCCCAUUGCUGCAAUCUGAGCUCCUAAAGAUGAUGGCAGGCUGUGGGGAAGGAUUUAGCGAAGGGGGGAAAGGCCAAAGCACGUGGGCACAUUUAUCUGAUGGCGGCGAUACAGAUGAUGCCAGUGUAAGGCAACAAAGCUGGGGCAGCGAAGGGGAAAGAAUUGAAAGAUUGGGUGUCCCCCUCGACGUCAUUGAUCCAGGCAGGAGUCCUAGCCAAGAAGGAUAAUAAUAUCAUAAAUGAUGGUAUUAACCUUGUCUUGUCCAAUGACGUCAAUGUUAUGAGUUGAAACAGAUAUUGUGAUACAAGCAAAUAGCGAGAAGAGAAAGGAUGGAAGGUUGAUUGAAACACUAACUGCCUUGUUUUAUAAUGAAUGUGGUGCAGAUUGGUUAAAUAUAUCUUUCUUGAAGUGGGAAAUAUGUAAUCAGCAGGAAAUUAUGGUGUUCAUCGACCAUCAGAGUUCACCUUUACAGACUAAUGCAGUCCAAAUUUUGUCCAUGGAUGUUUGAACAAGUGAUGUGCUUCUUGCUGGAAAAAAGCAAAUAAGAUAAUGUAAAGCUAGCUUGUUUAGAUGCUUUUUCUAGGGACCUGUACAGUGAUAGAAUUGCACGAUAUAAUCUAGAGGUCAAAUGUUCAAUUUAUGGAAACAUUAUAGUCUAUCCACAUAUUAUGUGGAGGUAGAGUUUGUGUAUAUCUUAUUUGUCUUUGAUCCUGCCUAUUACGAGAAUUGUUUACCUUU